GCCGCGGUUGUUUUUGGGAAGUGUAGUGGCUUGAGUUACGCGUUGUUUCUUGGCUCUGGGCGUGGCCCAAGACCCUCUGGGAGGAAAGCCUUAUGGUCUCUCCGCCAGGCCGCGGGGUUUUCUGGGAAUUGUAGUUGUCCCAGGCCCUGGUUCUUUGUCUCCUGGCGUUCUAGGCGUGGCAGCGAGUCGUUCUGGGAGUUCCAGUAGGAAAAAAGCCCUAUGCCCUUGCGCGCAGGGCCGCCAUGAUUUCUGGGAAGUGUAGUUUCUUGAGGCUGGCGGCUGGUUGGGGUGGCGCCCCGAGGCGUCUGAAGACGCCGUUCCUGCGACUCCCGCCGUGGGGCCCUCGGGGGCGGCGCUGAGAGCCUGGCCUGUGUUUGCUGUAGGCAAGGAAAGGGGCCCGCCCUGUCUGCGCCGGAUGGCCCCGGGCGUUGACCUGCUCGGGCGCCCUGGAACGCUACGCCCACCUGGCCGAAAGCACCACGGAAACGCGCUUUCUUGUGGCCACUGUUAGGUGAGGGCGUUCUGGGGAGGCAACGCUGUCGCGCGAAGAGAAAGCUCAGCGGCGUCAGUGCUCCAAGCGCGAUGCCUCAGGGCGCCCCGCUUUCUGUGUGGGAAGCAGGGAGCAGCGGCCACGGGAAUCCCCCGUGGGGGAUCUAGUGACUUGAACUCGGCCUAGCUGGCCCGUUCGCUCAGGGCUGCUUUCUCUCUCUGCCAGGUCUGCCAUUUUACACUUUUCUGAUCUCCUCGGUCCCUUCUGUGAGCUAUGUCUCAGGGGUCAGUGACAUUCAGAGAUGUGGCCAUAGACUUCUCCCAGGAGGAGUGGAAAUGGCUUCAGCCUGCUCAAAGAGAUUUGUACAGAUGUGUAAUGUUGGAGAACUAUGGCCAUCUGGUCUCACUGGCAGGUCUUUCCAUUUCUAAGCCAGAUGUGGUUUCCUUAUUAGAACAAGGGAAAGAACCCUGGCUGGGGAAAAGGGAUGUGAAAAGAGAUCUGUUUCCAGUUUCAGAGUCAAAUGGUGAGAUCAAAGACUUUUCAUCAAAAAAUGUCAUUUAUGAUGACUCAUCCCAGUAUUUGAUCAUGGAAGGAAUUCUAAGCCAAGGCCCUGUGUAUUCCAGUUUUAAAGGAGGCUGGAAAUGCAAGGAUCAUAUUGAGAUGCUGCAAGAAAAUCAAGGAUGUGUAAGGAAAGUAACAGUCUCCCAUCAAGAAGCCCUGGCCCAACAUAUGAAUAUCAGUACUGUGGAGAGGCCCUAUGGAUGCCUUGAAUGUGGAAAAACUUUCAGUCGACGCUUUUCCCUGGUGUUACAUCAGAGGACUCAUACUGGAGAGAAACCAUAUGCGUGUAAUGAAUGUGGCAAAACCUUUAGCCAGAUUUCAAACCUUGUGAAACAUCAAAUGAUACAUACUGGAAAGAAACCCCAUGAAUGUAAGGACUGUAAUAAAACAUUCAGUUACCUUUCAUUUCUUAUUGAACACCAGAGAACACACACUGGGGAGAAACCUUAUGAAUGUACUGAGUGUGGAAAGGCCUUUAGCCGUGCCUCCAACCUCACUCGACAUCAGAGAAUUCACAUAGGUAAGAAACAAUAUAUAUGUAGGAAAUGUGGGAAAGCAUUCAGCAGUGGCUCAGAACUCAUUCGCCAUCAGAUUACACACACUGGAGAGAAACCUUAUGAAUGCAUUGAAUGUGGGAAGGCAUUUCGCCGUUUCUCACACCUUACACGGCAUCAAAGCAUCCAUACAACCAAAACCCCAUAUGAAUGUAAUGAAUGUAGGAAAGCUUUCCGUUGUCACUCAUUCCUUGUUAAACAUCAGAGAAUUCAUGCUGGAGAAAAGCUCUAUGAAUGUGAUGAAUGUGGUAAAGUUUUCACUUGGCAUGCAUCCCUUAUUCAACAUAUGAAAAUUCAUACUGGAGAGAAACCCUAUGCAUGUGCUGAAUGUGAUAAAGCCUUCAGUCGAAGCUUUUCCCUCAUUCUACAUCAGAGAACUCAUACUGGGGAAAAACCCUAUGUAUGUAAGGUAUGCAACAAAUCCUUCAGCUGGAGCUCAAAUCUUGCUAAACACCAGAGAACACACACUCUUGACAACCCCUAUGAAUAUGAAAAUUCAUUUAAUUACCACUCAUUCCUUACUCAACACCCGUGAAUUUACAGUGCAAAGAAAAACUAUGAAUGUAUGGAAUUUUUUUAAAGAAGAUAAUGCCUUACUUUUACUUCAGAGAACUCUUGGAAAGAAGCCUUAUGUGAAAGUGAUGAAUGUGAAGGCCCACACUUAUUUAAUAUCCUGAGCAAAAAACCUAGGAAUAAGUGGAAAAGCCAUUAGUAAACACUUUUUUUUUUGCAAUGACAUAGUGAAAUCAAUAUUGUGAAGAAGAUUCUUCCAUCUGGUAAUAUUGAGAAGACUUCAUUUGGUAGGAUUCCCUUACUUUGCAUGUGUAAAUGUCUACCAGUAAAGAGUACAUAUAAAGUAAAUUUGAGAAAGCUAGAGGUCAGCCCUCAUUCUGCAUCUGUCAGCCAGGACAGACUGCAUGGGUAAGGUAUGAGCUUUACAAAGAUGUACUUUGGAGAUGAGAAAAUCGAUGUUUAAGCAAAGUGAUAAUGAGCAAUGAUUUGGGAAUGCCUUCAAUUAUAAUGCAAUACUUAAAUGUUUUUACUCUUGUAGGAGAAAAAGCAACUAUAUAAAUGAAUGUAGAGUGACUUUCUGCAAUAUUUCAAACCUAUAUCAGAAUUACACUGUGGGAAAAUUACCAUUGUAAUGUGUAGCAAAAUCUUAGAUAUCUGAAAAGUCAUACUGGAUGGAAUCUGUUAGAAUGGUUUUAUUUUGAAGGGAGGGGGAUUUUUGUUUUUUAAGUGAAUUCAAAAAAGUUAUAAAUAAAUCUGGUUUAUAAAUCU